CUCACAGCGACCUGUAGUGACGUCACACCCAAAACAAAGCGAUUUACAACCGGGUGAUUCGAGCGAGUGGAUCUUCUCUUAAAACCAUUUUCCCCCUACGAAAUGUCACAGGAUGCCUGGUUACAAAAUUAUGACGCUACUUGUCGGCUGGCACAAGAAAUUGCUGAAAACAUCCAUGAACGGAACAGGCAGCAAAGGACAGGGGGUAACCCCGCCAAGAUCAACAUGACACUACGGGCGUCGUUGCAGAAGCUCAAACAGAAUAUCGCCCAGCUUAAAGAGAGCUUGUUGAGGGCUUCAUCAUCACGGGCGCAUGUAUCCUUUUUUUUUUCUCUCUUAAUGCAGUCAGAAGGUGACCGGCGACAGAAUCUCAUUGACGACUUGCUGACCAGGGAGAAACAGCUCAAUGCCACAUUCAAAGGCGAUGUCGCAGAGCCCGGACCUUCCAGAUCCACCUUAAUGGCAGGAGGAGCAGGAAUGAGCGAAGAAGUCACAGCAAACCCGUGGCUCAUUAAUGAAACAGAGGAAACCAAGGGCUUGACUUUUGGAGAGAUUAAACAGCAGCAACAACGAAUCGUGGAAGCCCAGGAUGCAGGUUUAGAUGCACUAGCAGCCGUCAUCAGCAGACAGAAGAUCAUGGGACAGGAGAUUGGCAAUGAGCUGGAUGAACAAAACGAAAUCAUCGAUGACCUCGCGCAUCUCGUGGACAAGACAGAUGGCCGCAUUCAUAACGAGACACGACGGGUGAAGCUCGUGGAGAAAAAGUCAGCGUCUUGUGGGAUGCUGGUGGUGAUCGUGCUGCUUCUUAUUGCCAUCAUCAUGGUCGCCGUGUGGCCUGUAUAGCGUUAGGAGUGGACCUGUGCUGGACGACUACUUGGAUUUACACGGACAACGCAGCUAAGAUUAUAUUAUUAAUGUGUUUAAUUGAGUCAUUCUGGGAAUCAUUUUUCACACUUGCAAUACAACUGCAAUAUUGUCAUAUGUUUUGUUGUAAGCAAAGCCUCUCUUAAAGCAACAUGCUCUUGAAUUACUAACAUAAAUUUCUUCCGUCACUGUUAAAGAAAUCACAGCAAUAAUUUCAAAUAAAUUACAUUUACACAAAAAAAAAAAUCCCAAAGAUCCUGUUUUAAAUCGGUGUUUUUAAACCAUUGCUAGCCCGCGGCAAAAAAUAUGUCAAAGACUGUUAAAAUGGGAGCCAUCGCCUCCCUGCUUGGAACUCAACAUCAAGGGUUGGAAUUGGGGGUUAAAUCACCAAAAUGAUUCCUGAGCGCGGCCACCGCUGCUGCUCACUGCUCCCCUCACCUCCCAGGGGGUGAAAGAAGGGGAUGGGUCAAAUGCAGAGGGUAAUUUCACCACACCAAGUGUGUGUGUGUGUGUGUGUGUGUGUGUGUGUGUGCGUGCGUGUGUGUGCGUGUGUGUGUGUGUGACUAUCGUUGGGACUUUAACUUUAACUUAACUUUAAAGGCCUACUGAAACCCACUACUAGUUUAUUUAUCAAUGAUAAAUAUAUUAACAUUGCAACACAUGCCAAUACAGCCUUUUUAGUUUACUAAAUUGCAAUUUUAAAUUUCCCGCUAAGUGUCCUGUUGAAAACGUCGCGGUAUGAUGACGCUUGCAUUUGACGUCACCGGUUGUAGCGGACAUUUUUUCCAGCCCGAACCAAGCUAUAAGUAGUCUGCUUUAAUCGCAUAAUUACACAGUAUUCUGGACAUCUGUGUUGCUGAAUCUUUUGCAAUUUGUUCAAUAAAUAAUGGAGGAGUCAAAGUAGAAAGAUGGAGGUGGGAAGCUUUUAGCCUUUACCAACACAAACACAGCCGGUGAUUCCUUGUUUAAAAUUCCCGAAGGUGAAGCUUUACUAUAGAACAGAGCGGUCAAGCGAACAUGGUUCCCGACCACAUGUCAACUAGCAGGUUUCGGUGAGAAAAUUGUGGUAAUAAGUCGGCUCUUACCUUAGUUAUGAGCGGAGCUUGCGUCCUCCUGCAGCUGCGUGGCUUCCCUCAGAGACACUGGUGGUCGCCACACCCCUCCGACUUUCAGGUACCAUAUAAUCUCACUAAAGCACUAGUAACACAAUAAGUCGAUAAGGGAUUUUCCAGAAUUAUCCUAGUAAAUGUUUCUAAUAACAUCUGAAUCGCUCUCACUGCCCUCGCCUUUUUUUUUUUUUUUUUUUUUUUACUUUUUUUCUAGUCCUUCACUCUCACUAUCCUCAUCCAGGAAUCUUUCAUCCUCGCUCAAAUUAAUGGGGAAAUUGUCGCUUUCUCGGUCCGAAUCGCUCUAGCUGCUGGUGGCUAUGAUUAUAAACAAUGUGAGGAUAUGAGGAGCCCUACAACCCGUGUCGUCACGCGCACAUCGUCUGCUACUCUCGGUACAGGCAAGGCUUUUUUAUCAGCGACCAAAAGUUGUGAACUUUAUCGUGGAUGUUCUCUACUAAAUCCUCAUCAAAUAUGACACAUAGAAUGGACCUGUUAUCCCCGUUUAAAUAAGAAAAUCUAAUUUCAGUAGGCCUUUAACUUCUCAGCUGUGGUCUGUUUGGUACACAGUGGUAAUACACUUUUCCACCACUUGUGGCAGUAAUGACUAUGUGAAAUAAACAGAGCAAGUCUGGAGCUAAAGUCAUAGAGGUUUUGUAAGUGCAAACAUUAAGAUUAUUUUAGUUUAUUUAUUUUAGCACAACAUUGAAACUUUUACUAGUAGUUUGCACAAUACAGUACAUAUUCCAUACAAUUGAUCACUAAAUGGUAACACCCGAAUAGGUUUUUCAACUUGCUUAAGUCGGGGUCCACGUUAAUCAAUUCAUGGUAAACAUCAUAUAUCCAUCCAUCCAUUUCUACCGCUUAUUCCCUUUUUGGAGUCGCGGGGGGCGCUGGCGCCUAUCUCAGCUACAAUCGUAUAUUUGAAUUUAUUUUCCUUUAGUUAUUUAUGAGUCCCUUCUUAUGCAGUAUUUUUAGUCAGUACUUUGUUUUCUACUCAGCCUGACCUAAGCCUAAGGUUCAGGUGUUAAAUAAAUGAUCAUAUUUGUCCAUCCAUCCAUUUUCCUACCGCUUAUGAUCAUAUUUGUGAUUAACAAAUUGUUUCCUAUCAUUUGACAAAGUUGUAAACUCACUAGGUUACAUUUUAUCACUGAAUAUGAUUCAAAUCAAUAUUAAGAUGACUAAUUCACUGAGUUUGAAUGGGGCCACAGGCCCCCUCCGUAGUAGAAAAGCUGGGCCCCAAGGUCAAAAAGGUUAAGAACCCCCGUUUUAAAUGAAGACUUCAUUGUAUUUAAGAGGGGCGGCUGCAGGGCUACAUUUCUAAUAACUGGCAUUUCAACAUUUUUCAAAUAUUUGCAUAAAAACAGUAAAAAAAAAGCAUUAUUUUUCAGUGUAACAAGAGUUUUAUUUGAAAAUCUGCCUUUAGGUCUACCAGCUUGGUAUGUUCA